AUGCCUGGUAAACUCACAGUGGAGAAACAAGCCGCCGCCGCCGACGUGCCGCCGACUUCACUCUCUUCGGCCGUGGGGACGCCGAGCACCUUCACAAUGGAUGAUGUGGAUAUAUCCGACGUAAUUCGGACCAAGGACCAGCUAGUCCAGGAUCUUCUGCCGCCUAUAAUCGACCAUGGUGUCCUCAUACCCCUUAAAACCACUCUGGAGAUUCGAGACGACCAUGUAUACGGCCAGGCUCUCAUAACGCGCUCUCCCAUCAGGGCUACUAGCUCGGUGGUCAACAUGUUGCAUACUGUGCUACCGGAGGAUGUUGUUAAGGGCAUGCCUCACCUCCGUCGAUGCUCCAAGCCAUGCGACUUACCUGUACACCUCAAGUCGCAGUUCAUGAACGAGACGGUUCAGACACGACAAAUGCACACAGGGAAGGCUCCAUACGUUUACAUCAUGCUUGGUGUGGAGUCUCUUUUCGAUGUCGAGGAUAUAUUUGAUCGGCUUGCCAAGAUGGAGGGCAUGGAAGAAGAGGAAGUGUUCAUGGCUAGCAUCCCCGUCCCCCUACUUCCUCCGACAUCCCAGGUCCAAGCUGCUCUCUGGUGCAAUCAUUUCUGGCCUACAGUAUAUCGCAAGAAUAACCCUCUCGGUCCGCAUCCUAGCAUAGUAGCCAGGGCAACAGAUGAGGUUUCGUCAGAUGCCGCUGUAUGGAUGGCCCUCGCUCACAAGGUGGCAAGUAAAACAGCUGCCGCUGGUUUCGGCAUAGCCGUCGGUGCUUGCAUCAUCCAGCGCUUGGAAAACGGCGAGACCAAGCUUGUUGCCCUUGCGGGGGAUGCUAGGUGGUCGCACCAACCAGACGGACAGGAGACUGGCUGCUGUACUGGAAAUCCUAUGGCUCAUGCUGUACUCCGAGCCAUCAGCAUGGUGGCACGCAAGCUGGUACGUGCCGAGAAUCGACAGGGUCCCUCGCUUUCGAACGCACCGCUAUCUGUGGAUUUCGAUCCGUUCCAGGACGAGCCUAUGCUCGACGAGGAACGUAAAGUCUUCGAUGAUGAUCACCCAUCGCCCGAAGGUUACCUCUGCCAUGGCCUUGAGCUCUAUUUGACGCACGAGCCGUGUGUAAUGUGCUCCAUGUCGAUCCUGCACUCGCGCAUGGGCAAAGUCAUUCUUGCCCAGCGAAUGCCAUUGACGGGCGGAAUCUGUUCCGAGGAUCGCAUUUUAGAUGAGAACAUGUAUCCUGGGCUCACUGAUAGACUUGGCGGUGGUCAUGGCCUCGGUCUUUUUUGGCGCCGCGAACUCAACUGGAGCUUGCUGGGCUGGGAAUGGGAGCCGCCGUCUCCUGACCUGGAGCCAGAGACGCUAUCACCCGAAAUCCACGCUUGAGUAUAUUAUUGGUUUCACUGCUGGUCUACUACAACCGAUCAAACUCGCUCUCACUGGGUGGUUGCGCAACUAUAUUCUACUUGGUUCCAGCUCUUUUUACUCUCUUCGUUUGGAGGACACUGGUAGAGAGGGUUUAGGUAGUCCUCUUUUGAGUUUGUUUCUUAUCUUUUUUUUUUAUCUCUUUUUUAUCUCUUCUCUUUCAAGUCUUUUCUUAUUCUAUUCUUUCUCAAAUCUAGCAAAAGACAAAAAAAGGGACUGUAGCAUCGGAUAAACAUACCGAUGCAGAUCACGGUAAUGAUAUGGCAUCGAAUUUUUACGGAGUCAGGCGGCAUCGGG